AUGAGGGGGCAUUCACUGCUAGCAUCACUCUUCCUGUCAAUGCACAAAACUAGAACAUUGCUAGGACAUUCAUCGCUUUCCAGCCCUACUCUGUCGAUAUUUAUUAGACACAGGUCAUCGUAUGGCAAGAGAACAAAGGAUGGGAACUCUAUGUCAUCGUUUCUGCAGACUGUACAUGACAAGAUGAGGGCUGAUAAAAGUGGUGGUGUGGAAGCUGAAGAAGUUAAAUCUGCAAGUACUAAAGUGAGAUAUGGUGGUAAACGGACCAGGGAAGUGAAUGCAAAAGCUGUAAAUCCAACGCCAGCUCGAGUGAUCAACUCCAAGCUAGAACCGAAAAAAGUCGAUGUUUUGAAAAGUCAAGUUACUGCCAGUUCAAGCCUGUCGAGAGCUGAUGCUAGCACGGAUCUAGUCAAGAAACCACGUAAAGCAGCUAGAUCCCCCACUCUAAAUCCAAACCUGACUGUCGACCAACCAAGAAAGAAGCCCAUCGUAACGAAAGAAGUAGAUCCAAUUCAACUCGCAUGGCUCCGAUUCGAAUCACAAUGUAAAAAGUCAGAUCAUGGCAUGACUACAACCAGUAUAACAUCUUUCUUAACUGUGCUCUUGUCCAACAAAAAGUUGGAUUUAAUGGUCAAGGCUUUAACGAGAGCCAAAAAGCUCGGCAUACAGCCUGAUAUUAGAUGGUAUGAGCUUUUAUUGGAAGCAUGUUGCCAAGUAGAAAGUCCACGACAAGCUCUGAAAGUGUUUAAACGAAUGGAAGCAGAUGGUAUUUCACCUAGUAUGGAGUGUCACGCUACGUAUAUGGAGCUGCUAUGUAGCCAGGGCGAUUUUGAGCAGGCCAAGGCGUACUUUGCUAGCACUUAUCAGCCUGUACCUGUUAAAGCAAAUGAAGUUGCGAACAUGACGGAGGGUCAAUCGACAUCUGAAUCAUUACCACCUACAAUCGUAAACCCACCUCCAGACACUCUAGUAUACUUGAGGGCAAUGAUGGGCUGUGCUCGUCGUAAACGGGCUCAUGAAGCUCAAUAUUGGAUGGACAAGCUAUUAUCAGAGCCAUUAGUAACUCCCACGUCUGCAUGCUUUGAAGCCCUAGGACAAGCAUAUAUAGAAGCUGGUGAUUUAACAGGUGCUGAAAAGGUGUGGGAUGAUAUGCUUAAUAGAAGUCUAAUACCGCCGGAACAGGCCAUUAUCGCUACCAUGAAUGCAUAUAUGAAGAAGGGACAAGCACACAAGGCUGUUGCAUUCUGUGAGAGACCGAUUUACCUAUCGCUAUAUGAUACUGUAGAUGUUUUAGCUGUACGAGCUGUAGCAUAUGCCCAAUCAGGAGAAGUCAGUAGAGUGUUUGAAAUCAUGCAAAAACUGUCUGCAUUAAAGUGUACCAUACCGUCUCGCAACUUGGAGCGAAUUGUGGAGGGGCUGUCACGGAACGGAUUCACUACGGAUGCUGCUAGACUAUGCUCUCAAGGUACCCCACUAUCAACAUAUUUAAUUCUCAUGGAAGGGUUUAAUCGAGAAGAGUGUCCUGAUGAAGCAGCAGCUAUAUUGCAAACCAUCCGAGACAGUGGUAUGCCAUUGACCACAUCCAUGUUCGCAACUGUCAUAAAGGGCUUUGCAGCUGCUAAUAAUGUAGAAGCUGUAGAACGAUACUUUGAUCAAGCUCGAGAUGCAGGUCUUGUUGAUGCGCAAUUAUGGAAGUUGGCUUUGACGAGUUAUGUACAAGUAUCAGAUAUAGAUCGAGCACUAGAACUAGUAGAAGCCAUGACAGAACAAGAGGGCAAAGAAGAUGUGAUUCCAGAUAUAGAUCCCAUCUUCCAACUCUUUGAAUCAUGUAUUCGAGCAAGACGAUGGGCUGAUGCUGCAACAUCAUUUGGUAUCUUGUCGGGUAUUAGAGGUGUAGAAUCCAAUCCAGAACGGGUUACUCGCUUACUUGAUAUGCAUGCCAACGAGUUUCAUCAUAUUGCUUGUCAGUUGUUGCGAGGGGAUUUAGAAGCGGAAUCGGAUGGCCUGUUAUUGUCUGGUCCACCAUUAGGUUUAGUCUUGUAUAAAGCAUUGACUACAGCAACGAAGCCGUUACCCGAACGGUUGUAUAGAACUGCUAUGAACUUUUAUAGUCAAGAUCAGGAUCUCGUAGCUGUAGUAUCAACAUGGACGACCAUGCGUAAUCAUAUAACUGCUCCGUCAGCAACAACGGUAACGACGCUGUUACAGGCAGUAGUAGCUCAAGGUGGCGAACGAACGGCCAAAGCAACACUAGAUAUGAUGACAAAGGAAAAACUACCACUAGAUAUUGAUGGAUAUAGAGCGCUGUUGACUUUAAUGGGCCGAUCAGGCAAGCCGAAAGAUGCCAUUGCACUGCUCGUUGAUAUGGACAGUAAAGGGACACAGUUUGGAAGUGUUGAAUGGGAGAUCUUGAGAGAUGCGUUUCGUCGUGGGCAUUGGAAGAAGGAGGAACGAUAUGUUGUAAGGUUUUUAGAGGAACACUACCCGGAAGUGCUUGACAUUGCUGAUGGGGAUGCUGUAGAUAGUAAUAAUAGUAGUAACGAUGAGGAGGAUGGUUCUGGUGAUGAAUCUGUCGUCACGUCAUCUGUAAAGCCUGUGAGUAAGGGUGCUAGACCAAGUCCCAAGGUGAGGGUCACACAUGUUGUAUAA